AUGAAUGCUUCUAAUCAGGAAGCUGGGCAAGGCCCGAAGGUAAUCCCUACAAUCCAAGAGGUGGAAAGUUGGAACGAUGAGCAAUUACUUGAAUGGAUCCAGCGAACACAACCAGACCUUCUCCGCAAUUACAUGGACUUUUUGACGUUCAAAGCGAAGAGAAUCAAUGGCUCCACCUUCUUGGAGUAUGCUGAGGAUCCAGACAUCAUGGAAACCCAUCUGCGCGUUGGAGUCCGUAUUGGUCUUGCGUCUCUUGCACUUGAAGUCAUCCUACAGUGUAAAAAAGGGGGUGGGAAUGAAGACGAAAUGACGCAAUUGGCCGCCGAAGCGAACAAGCGAAGAAAGGCCAUCAAGGAUAUGAUUACACAGAUGAACGACUCUUCUGGCCAGCAUUCCAAUUUCGUCGAUCCUCUUCCUGAAGCUAUCGAUAAACUUUCCGACCCCACAUCAAAUUACACGUUCGACUUCCCAUAUAUCGGCACUAUGCCAGAACGAUUCAAAGAGCCCGGUAUAGCUAAAGGAAAGUGGCUAUAUAUGGGGAGGAGGAUAUUCAAAUCCCUCCUCCGCAGGAUAAAUAAUACGCAAGAGAGGUACUGGCUUCGUGGAACCCAGGACUUAGGGAGGCCUCACCUUCUAGCCGCCCUCGUCUGCUACUUGGCUGCUCAAAAUGAACGGGUCGUCUAUCUACCGGAUUGCCAGGCGUUGUUCGAUGACCCUGUUCCCUACGUCAGAACAGCAAUGCUGUUCGCCUGGGCCAACGAUUUCACCACCCAGAAGACGAUCAUGGGCCUACACACCCAAGACCAGAUCCGGAUAUUCUUAAAGUCCCAAAAAGACGUCAUAUUUGUCGUUGAUCAGAUGAAUGCUCUCGAGAGUAGUGGCUUUGGAGAUGGGGAGACGGCCCGACAGCUGCGUCGGUGGGUGAUCGGUUUCACCUUUUCCAAUAAAGCAAUCUUCAAUUGCCUUGAAGAUUCUACGGACGACCUUGAAGAGCUCAACCAUCAGGACCCGAAUAGAAUGGUAUGGGUCCACCCCCGUUUCACUGCGACGGAAAUUACGGAGUGGUGGGAAGCAGCAUGA